AUGGACGAUCAAUUCAAAGAAAUCGAAGGAUUGCUUGAAAAUGCGGAACCUGUUGAAAGUGGUUCUUUUAAAAAGUACGCAAAACUCGUCCUUCCACACGUGGCUCUUGUGGCUGUUGUUUGCCUGUAUGCAGUCGUUGGUGCAUGGAUUUUCUAUAGUCUUGAAUCACCACAUGAAGAUCGGUUGAAAAGAAAUGGUGUCAUUCGAAUAAAUGAUUUACGAAAGGAACUGGUGAGUUCAAUGUGGGAAAAAGGUCGUCCUGGAAUGAUGGGAAAUGCUGGCGGUGGAAGCGGUAGUAUUUCAAUGGAAGAAUGGAUGACUAUCACAGAUCGACGUUUGCAAAAGUUCAAUGAAAAUCUUUAUAAGGCGUUCAAAGAGGAAUAUGUUCGAUAUCCGGAUGUGAGGAUCACAAAAGCGUCUUCGAGUGAUUUACAACAACAGUAUCAGUUGCAGCAACAUCAACAACAUGAAGGUGCAGAUGAGAUUAGAAGGUGUGGUAUAAUAAUAUUCUAUCGAUUAAUGUCAUUACCAGGCUAUGGUAAUAUUGUACCAGUUACGCCAUACGGUCGUAUAGCAUGUGUGGUAUUCGCACUGUUUGGCGCACCGUUAGCGAUCAUAACGAUUGGUGAUCUUGGUAAAUUCCUUUCUGAGUGUACAAUUUGGUUGUAUAAGAAGAUGAAAAAAGCACGUAAUAUUGUCGUGUAUCGCUUUCGAAAAUGGUGGUCAAGGAAAAAUGGUGUUGUAUCCGAAAUCGAUGAAGAGAUGCCUUCUGAAUCCGAGAAUUCAGCACUAGAUUGGGACGAUCUCAUCAUGGAUAAAACCGAAGUGCCUGUUCUACUCGUUUUUGCUAUACUUCUUUUAUAUAUUGCCUUUGGAGGUGUUCUUUUCGCCGUCCUUGAAUCAUGGACCUACAUGGACGCCUUUUACUACUGUUUCGUUUCAUUAACGACGAUUGGUUUCGGUGAUCUUGUGCCUGAAAGACAUGAGUAUAUAAUACUCAUGUUAAUAUACCUUGGCGUUGGUCUCGCAGUCACAACAAUGUGCAUCGAUUUAGUUGGUAUUCAAUACAUCCAAAAGAUUCACUAUUUCGGUCGUAAAUUCCGCGGGACGGAUCUUUUACAUUUGCUCAAACGUAAACGUAUGAUCGAGCGUAGGUUGGCGAUGGGCCACGGUGAAGAAAUUUUACAAAUGUAUUUACAACAACUUCAUGAUGAAUGCUCAGAGCCAGCAAUGUCACAGUCGCAUCGUUGUAAUCAUAAGGAAGAAAUUGUUGAUGCAGUUAGCGAUAAUUUGAACAGCUGGCAAUUAGACGAAACAAUCAUCGACAGUGCUUUCCCGUUCAGCUUAUGCAAGAUUGAAAACCUACCCACUCCAACGGUGCUCUCAGUGAGGAGGUAUGACAUGCAUUUGGUGGCGGUAGCGGCUGCAAUACUGUCAUUUUACGUUGGGAAACCCUUCAUGUACUAUCGACGGCAGUUCAGGACAAGCUCAUGGACAGAUUCAGGUCCUAGCCCCGAGGCUUCCAUUCAUUGCUCGCUAUCAACUGAACCGUCCGUAAUUGAACGUGAAGUAAUGUACAGCAACUAUCGUUCACCCUCACCCUCGUUGAUGUCUUUCGAAUAUGAAUUCCCAGUACCAUCACCAGAUUAUCAUCAAAUUGCCGAAUCAGCCCGACAUAGUCGUCGAGUGCGCAGUUGUCCGUUGAAUGUUUGUUCAGAUGCUGAACAUCUGACAGUCACAGCAGCAGAUGAUGCAGAAUGUGAACUGCCAUCAUCAACAUCGUCAUCCAGAUGUGUCUCGCCUAGUGCUACUCAACAGUCUUAUGCCGAACCUGCAUCAAGCAGCUCGCCACCACCACCACUCGUUUCCGUAACAAACAGUGUAAGAAAAUGGAUGAUGAUUAAACAGUUUAACCGUAAUACUGAUAAUCAGCAGCUCAAUUUACUUAGUCAUCGUCAUCGUGAUUGUCACUUUUCACUGCGAUCCGCCGAAUGUUUUGCUAGUGGAAGUGAUCUUUCACGUCGUUCUCUUAGCGCACUUUGGGCGCUUUCGGAUGCAGCUAAACUUAUUCCACAAGCCAAACAAUACUGCUGUCAUAGUUCAUGCAUGAUGAGUAGUAAUGAUAACAGUAAUAAUAAUGUUCAUGCUUAUUAUGGUGAUGCUCGAACAUACGAAUAUGCUAUGAAUAUGAGUAUGAGCUAUUGUAAUUGUAGAGGUAAUUGCAAAACGGAUGAAAGUAGUGAAGUUGAUGAUGAUCAUUGUGAUAAUGAUAAUGUUUAUGAAAGACGACGUUUGACGACUCUUUCAUCAGACUCCACAGGAUUUCGUCAUCCCCCUCGAACGGCUUCUUCAUCCUCUUCCGCAGCAACGUCUUCCUUCAAGAUGUCGUUUCCAUCAUCAACGUCACAAAAAACAACCUCUAUCUGUACCGCAGAAAAGAAGAUCAACUGUCACUACUCCACCAUCCUCGCUGUCGUCAACUCGAACAAGUCGCAUAAACGUGCGAAACAUCAAGAUCCAUUAUUGAUGCUCGAUUGGUUGAAUAUCUCGUCGAGAACAUCAAUAAUGGACUUGAUAUGUGAAUAUUUGCGGACUCUGUUCGAUUUUGUGCACUGCAAUAAUUUGAAAAUGACUGAUAAUCUCGCUGGCUUGUCAUCAGAUAUAUCCACUUCAAUUUCAAUGAACGACAUACGUUCAGCACAUUCCUCUGUCAUACUUGUAUCGCAUCAAAAUCCAAUCGGUUUGGCCUGUAUGGAAGAAUGGGAUUCUUAUAUAAAAAUGCUUGAUGAAUACUGUAAACCCUAUAUUAGUAUUAGGAGUAGUGGAGAAGUAUCAGCGCAUCUAGCACGAGCAGGAGCAGAACUCCAGAGUGCCCAAAUAGAGAUGCAAGCCGAACGCAGUGCUGUGUCAUGCUUAUCCAAAUCCAAAUCGUCAAUGUCACCGAAGCAGUUAUCACCAACUGAUUUGCAUGAAAUCGUUACGAUCAGGAUGCCGGAUCCGAUGGAUUCUGAAGUCUUGGUGGAAUCUACACAGCAGCCAACGACUGCAGUUGAUAACGACGAUGAAGAAGCAGAGGCAGUGAUGGAGGACGACGAAGAUGAAACUGAUGUUGUUAGUCCGAUUUGUGUGGAGUCUUCAUCAUCGGAAUGCAAUUCGCCUGCACCACCAAUAUACGACAUCGAUUUAGGCGCCUUUGAGUUGGUUGAUUCAGGCGUUUCAGCCGAGGCGUUACUCUCGCACGAAGAGCCUGUGCUAUACCAUCAAGAAUUACCCGUGCAUAGCGUUCAUCAUGAUACCGUUCAGACGGAAGCCGCAUUGGAAAAUCUAAUGUCAGCACCGGAGUCAAUGUUGAGUAGUAUUGUGCCGCCGACAAUGGUUGAGGAUAACUAUUGUUUUGUGGUUGAUGGUGAUAAGAUUCGAAUGGGUGAUAUUAUGGGUGAUGAUCAUUGGUGGAAACAUACUUCUCGUCCCACCAAAUACUACUAUUCUGAGGAUUUGAGGAAAUUUGUCAAAGUGAACUGUAUAACGGCUAAAGGUAAAGUAAUUUCGGCGAAACUGGCCAGUCCUCUGUCGUUCACGUUGCAGACGCAAUCAACUGCAUCAAGUGCUCCGCAGACAAUGUCACCUUUGCGUUCAACCGCACACCAUUAUCCAUCCACUAGUGUGUUUCAUCCACAUUCAUCAUCACAUCAAUCCACUGCCUCAUCAACACCACGUAGUUCAGUAUCCGGUACGAGUAGCUCUCGAAACAGUGCUGGUUUGGCACGUGGUGAGAAAGUGCCGUUGGCUAACGUCUACAAAGUGGUUCGCUUUUAUAGCUUUUGGCGUACGUGUACAUCUUUUCAUCGUAUCGUUACCAUGAUCGAUAAGGUCAAUUCGGACUAUUCGUCGUCGCCUCAAACUUCAUCUCAACCUGCUACUGGAUCAGUCUCAUCUGAUCAAAAACGUCGUUCAAAACGAUCACCGUCAUCCAUACCAUCGCAAGAUGCAGUCAGUAGAAGUGCGAGAACAAGACCCUCUUCAUCUUCGCUAGCAAGGGUACGACAAUCGUCGACUGCAGCCGCAACAAGUCGACAAGUACCAACGUUCCGGAAACGUUUAUUUGUGCAAUAUUUAUGGCGUAAUGCAAAAACGAUCGAAAAAAUUCGAGUGCAAAAAGAAUUCGAUCCACGUCGGCAACGUUUGCUACGUUUCGUUACGGAUCCCAACCAACAACCGUCCUCGCAACAUGCAUCUGCAGUUUCAACACCGUCAAGAACCUCUCUACCAUCUUUUCCCACCAACAGUCAAGCUAACGCUAAUGCUAACCCUCAUACCACCACAACCAGUAGCGGUCGUAGUACUCCCGCUAGCACAGGAACGGAGACAGGGACUGGGGCUGCAGCCACACCAACUCGUAGACGAGUCUUUCAAAAAUCUUGA